AUGGAGGAGGCCAUGAUGGGCACGAGCAAUUUCAGUGACGACUUCAAGCGGGACGCGGUGGCGCAGAUCACCGAGCGUGGCUAUCCGGUUGCGUACGCGUUCAUCGAUGAAAAUCGCUCUGUGUUUUCGGUGCGAGCGAUGUGCCGCUGUCUGCGCAUCCAUCCAAGCGGCUUUUACGCCUGGCCGAAGAACCCGCUGAGCAAGCGAGCCCAGGAAGACAUCCGCCAGACCGGACUGCUGUGCAAGGCCUGGGAGGAGAGCGGUAAGGUCUAUGGAUAUCGCAAGCUUCAUGACGAUCUGCUUGAUCAGGGAGAGUCGUGCUGCCUGAACCGUGUCGCGCGUCUUGCCCGGCUGGCCGGGAUCAAGGCCCAGAUCGGAUACCGGCGGCGACCGGGCAGCUAUGGCGGUAAACCUUCCAUGGUCAUCGACAAUAGCCUCGACCGACAGUUCGAUGUGGAGCAACCCGACAGGGUCUGGGUGACAGACAUCACUCUGAGUAAUUGA